AUGGCAAAGGAUAGAAAGCAAACUACAAAGGGAAGCAAGCCUCUGGAGAAACUGAGCAGCGAGGCGACUCCACCUCCUACAGUGUACAACGACCAUGAGAAGAAGAAACAAGCCCUCAUCACCAGAACAAUCUGGUCUCUCGUCAUGCUUGGGGGCUUUCUUUUCGUUCUAGCAAGCGGCCACUUGCCCCUCAUCGGCUUUGUCAUCUUGUGUCAGAUUCUCACAUUCAAAGAGAUCAUUGCCUUGACGGCAGAGCCGGCCAGAGAUAAGAACAUCCCUUGGAACAAGUCAUUGAACUGGUACUUCUUGAUCUGUACCGUCUACUACUACGACGGUGAAUCGGUCUUUGAAUUUCUCCAGGACGAGAUUCUUUCUUCCAACGCAUUGUUUUUCUUCUACAAGAGUCACAAGUUCCUUGCCUACUCUCUCUACAUCGCAGGCUUCAUCUUCUUUGUUUUCACCUUGAAGAAGGGCUUUUACAAGUUCCAGUUUGCUCAGUUGUGUGCUACCCACAUGACGUUGCUUCUAGUGGUCUUCCAGUCGCACUUGAUCAUUGAGAACAUCCUCAACGGUAUCAUUUGGUUGUUGGUCCCAGCAUCCCUUGUUAUCGUUAAUGACAUCUUCGCUUACCUUUGCGGUAUUACUUUCGGCAGAACUCAGUUGAUUGAAAUUUCUCCAAAGAAAACGGUCGAGGGUUUCCUCGGUGCAUGGAUUUGUACCGGUGCUGCCGCAGUGUUGGUCGCAUGGUUGUUGUCCAUGUCAGACUACUUGAUCUGCCCAGCCACCAACUUGUCCACCACAGUGUACAAUUACCCUCACUGUGAGCCAAAUCCUGUUUUUAUCCCCCAAAUUUACCAAUUGCCAGAUAAUGUCGCGGAGUGGGUGGGCCAGACUACCGUCACCUUCAAGCCCCUUUAUUUCCAUAGUGCAGUGAUUGCUACUUUUGCUUCUCUCAUUGCUCCAUUCGGCGGCUUCUUCGCCUCGGGCUUGAAAAGAGCCUUUGGUAUCAAGGAUUUUGGCGACACAAUCCCUGGCCAUGGUGGUAUCACUGAUAGAUUUGACUGUCAGUUCUUGAUGGGUUCAUUUUCCUACUUGUACUUCCAGACAUUUAUCUCGUCAAGCAAUAUUGGCUUGGGUAAAAUAUUGCAAAUGGCCGUAUUCAACUUGACCACAGCCCAGAUUUUCCAGUUGACCCGGGCCUUAGUGAAGUACUUGCAUACUUCCGGUCAACUCAGCGAAGAAAAAUUGCAAACUGUUCUCGACUUAUUGAACUGA